UAGUUUUAUUAACAUAUUCGACUGUUCAAUAUAUCCUCUCUAAUUAUACAUAGAUCCAACAUUAUCCUUAUCCCUAGAAUUAUUCAGUACUAAAAUUUCGAACAUCAGACAUGCCUAGUUUAUUCCACAAGUACAAUCGAUUACUUCAGAAAUAUCCAUUUCGUACAAAUAUGAUAACAACCGGAGUCUUUUUCGGAUUAGGAGAUUGUAGUGCUCAAAUGCUUUUCCCUCAUAAAGAGACUCUUACUAUUAUAAACGAGAAAGGAAUUAAAGAAGAUAUUGAAGUUGCAUCUUAUAAUUAUGCUAGAACAUUACGAGCAAUGAUUUAUGGUUCUAUCUUCUUUGCACCUAUUAGUGUAUUCUGGCAUACAAAGACAUUACCAAGAAUAAAGAACCCAUUUGUUAGUGCUGUCUUCCGAGCAAGAGCCAUGGGAGAAACUGGUACUAAGACUAGAUCUCGUUUACAUAUGUAUGAUACUUUAUUCCGACUCACCAUUGAUCAAUUAUUUGUUCCUGCAUUAAUAUGGAUCCCACUCUAUAAUACAGUCAUGAUAACUUUGGCCAUGCAUGAAAAUCCCCUCCAACUUGCAUAUGAAAAAUUACAAAAGAAUUGGUGGAAUGUUUUGAAAGCCAGUUGGACAGUUUGGCCAGGAUUUCAGUUAUUUAAUCUUUAUUUUAUUCCAGUCCAUUUUAGAAUCGUAGCUUCCAAUAUUUGGUCGAUUGGAUGGAAUGGAUUUUUAAGUUUUGUUCAUAAUACAGCAGGUCAUGGUAAGGGUAGUGGGAAGUUGUUCGAAGAGAUUGUUGAUAUUGAAGAUGAUCUCCAAGAGGUUACUAUGGUGUAUGAUUAGUUGAGUACAGUUUAGAUUUUGCAUUAUUCAUUUCCUUAUAUUAUUAUUAUUAUUAUUAUCGUUAUCAUUAUUUUUAUUCUUAUUAAUUCUUUCUAGUGUAUAUUGAUUGGCAUAUAUACUUG